GGCAGCGGCGGCUCCGGGCCUCAGGGGACUCGGGAGCUCGAGCAGCGGCAGCGGCGGGACCUCUCCCGAUCAGAAAAGGAGCGGUGGUGCCCCCCGGGCACGGGGCCAUGUACAACGGGAUCGGGCUGCCGACGCCCCGGGGCAGCGGCACCAACGGCUACGUCCAGCGCAACCUGUCCCUGGUGCGGGGCCGCCGGGGUGAGCGGCCUGACUACAAGGGAGAGGAGGAACUGCGGCGCCUGGAGGCUGCCCUGGUGAAGCGGCCUAAUCCUGACAUCCUGGACCACGAGCGCAAGCGGCGUGUGGAGCUGCGAUGCCUCGAGCUGGAGGAGAUGAUGGAAGAGCAGGGGUACGAGGAACAGCAAAUUCAGGAAAAGGUGGCGACCUUUCGACUCAUGUUGCUGGAGAAGGAUGUGAACCCUGGGGGCAAGGAGGAGACCCCAGGGCAGAGGCCUGCUGUUACUGAGACUCACCAGUUGGCUGAAUUGAAUGAGAAGAAAAAUGAGCGACUCCGUGCUGCCUUUGGCAUCAGCGAUUCCUACGUGGAUGGCAGCUCUUUUGAUCCUCAGCGUCGUGUUCGAGAGGCUAAACAGCCAGCACCUGAGCCCCCUAAACCUUACAGUCUUGCCCGGGAGUCCAGCAGUUCUCGCUCACCAACACCAAAGCAAAAGAAGAAGAAAAAGAAGAAAGACAGAGGACGGAGGUCAGAGAGUAGCUCUCCUCGACGGGAGAGGAAGAAGAGCUCAAAGAAGAAGAAGCACAGGUCAGAAUCCGAGUCCAAGAAACGGAAGCAUAGAUCGCCCACGCCAAAGAGUAAGCGUAAAUCCAAGGACAAGAAGAGGAAGCGGUCUCGAAGUACAACACCAGCCCCCAAGAGCCGCCGGGCUCACCGUUCAACUUCUGCUGACUCUGCUUCCUCCUCCGAUACUUCCCGCAGUCGGUCUCGGAGUGCUGCAGCUAAAACCCAUAGAAUCGUCUUGACUGGGCGAAGCCCUUCUCCUCAGUCAGGAUGCCAAGGGGAGGGAGCUGCACCCUGCAGGGAAUCAAGUACCACUAACACAGGGCAGCCGAGUAGUCCUGAGCCCUCUACGAAGGAGCCUAGCAGCCCUCACGAAGACAAAGACAAGAAGGAGAAACCUGCAACUCGACCUAGUCUCUCCCUGGAGAGGAGCAGCACAGGCCCAGAGCCACCCGUUCCCACUCUGCUCCUUGCUGAGCAACAUGGCAGCUCCCCACAACCCCUUGUAACAACUCCCUUAAGUCAGGAGCCAGUGAACCCCGCAUCUGAGGUCUCCCCCACGCGGGGCCGUUCACCAGCUAAGUCUCCUGAGAAACCUCCCCAGUCUUCUUCCUCAGAGAGCUGUCCACUAUCCCCUCAACCUACCAAAAUUUCUCGACAUGGCAGCUCUUCUCCUGAAAGUCCUAAACGUGCACCAGCUCCUGGGUCCCGCAGAGAGAUUUCUUCUUCUCCCAUAUCCAAGAGUCGCUCACAUGGCAGAGCAAAACGGGAUAAAUCACAUUCGCCUACCCCUUCCCGUAGGAUGGGGCGGUCCCGUAGCCCUGUCGCCACCAAGAGGGGGCGAUCUCGGUCUCAGAGCCCUACCAAAAGAGGUCAUUCUCGGUCCCGAUCCCCUCAGUGGCGUAGAUCCAGGUCGGCGCAGAGGUGGGGACGAUCUAGAAGCCCCCAGCGGCGUGGCCGCUCUAGGUCUCCUCAGCGACCAGGCUGGUCCAGGAGCAGAAACACCCAGAGAAGAGGCAGGUCUAGGUCAGCAAGGCGAGGCAGAUCACACACUCGAUCUCCAGCCACUAGGGGCAGGUCUCGUUCCAGAACACCUGCCCGGAGGGGUAGGUCCCGCUCUAGAACACCCACGCGGCGGAGAUCUCGAUCCAGAACAUCUACCAGACGGAGGUCUCGUUCUAGAACACCAGUCCGACGGGGCAGGUCUCAUUCUAGAACACCUGUUAGGCGGAGAUCUAGGACCCGAUCGCCGGUACGGCGUAGGUCUCGUAGUAGAUCACCAGCCAGGAGAGGUGGCAGGUCAUGCUCUAGAACCCCAGCCAGACGUGGCAGGUCACGCUCUAGAACCCCAGGCAAACGCAGUGGCAGGUCAUGCUCUAGGACACCAGCUAGACGCAGUGGCAGGUCAUGCUCUAGGACACCUGCCAGGAGAGGGAGGUCUCGGUCUAGAACACCAGCAAGACGAGGGAGAUCCCGUAGUAGGAGUCUGGCUAGACGGGGAAGAUCUCACACUAGAACACCACAAAGAAGAGGCAGGUCUGGCUCAUCAGAACGGAAGAACAAAUCCAGAGCGUCUCAGAGAAGGAGCAGGUCCACCUCCAGCCUGGAAGUGAAAAAAUCUUGCAUUUCGUCACGGCGUAGCAGGUCUUUUUCUUCACCAAGAUCCAAAGCAAAAUCUCGCUUGUCUUUGAGGCGAAGCCUUUCAGGGUCUUCUCCAUGUGCUAAACAAAAUUCUCAGACGCCACCUAGACGCAGUCGCUCUGGGUCAUCUAGACCUAAAGCAAAAUCUAGAACACCAUCAAGACGAAGUCAUUGUGGCUUUUCACCUUCUAAUCAGAAAUCUAAAACACCAUCAAGGCAGAGUUGUUCUAAUUCAUCUCCUCAUCCUAAAGUAAAAUCUGGAACACCACCAAGGCAAGGGUCCACGACAGGUCCCCAGGCAAAUGAACAGUCUGCAUCACCACAAAGACAGAGCUGUUCCGGAUUGUCACCAGACCCUGAGGGGAAAUCUGGCACAUCUCCGAGACAUAGCCAACUUGGGACAUCUCCACAACCCAAAAUGAAAGCGGUGACUUCACUAAGACGAAGCCAUUCUGGCUCGUCUUCUCCAAGUCCUAGUAGGGUGACCUCUAGAACACCUCCAGGGCAAAGCAGAUCAGAGUCUCCCUGCUCCAAGGUGGAAUCUAGAUUGUUGCCAAGGCAGAGCCAUUCUAGAUCCUCCUCGCCAGAUACCAAAGUGAAACCUGGAACACCACCAAGACAAAGUCACUCAGGGUCUUCUUCACCGUGCUCCAAAGUAAAGCCCAAAACUCCACCAAGGCAAUGUUUGUCUGGAUCAAAGUCACCAUGUCCCCAAGAGAAGUCUAAAGACUCACCAGCACAGAGUAGCUCUGGAUCCCUCUCUGCGUGUCCAGGUGUAAAAUCUAGCACACCACCAGAAGAGAGCUGCCUAGACUUCUCAUCUCUGCAACAGAAAGGACAAUCUAAAACCUCACCAGACCACACAUCUGAUACUUCAAGUCCAGACGUGAGACAGGCUCGCUGUGAGUCUCCAUCUCUGCAGAGCAGAUCUCGAACACCUACUAAGGGUUGUCAGUCCAGGUCCUCAUCUCCAGUUGCUGAUCUGGCACCCAGAUCGCCAACAAGACAAAAUAGAAGCGGGUUGUCCACAAGUCCUAGGCUGAGAUUGGGUGUUUCUCCCGAGCAAAGGCCUCAGUUUGACUCCUCCCCACAUCCUGGAACAGACAAAUUUUUUCUAAGGCAAAAUAGAUCGGAGGCUUCUUCAGAAUCAAGAGAGAAAGUGAGCUUAUCCUCUCAGGAAGAUGUUUCUGCAUCAUCUCCUAGAUCAAGAGACAAAUUUAGUCCCACUCCAGUGCAGGAUAGGCCUGAGUCUUCACCAGUGCUCAGAGAUACACGUAGAACCCCAUCGAGGGAGAGGGGUAGCUCUGGGUCAUCUCCAGAUACAAAAAGUCAGAAUAGUGUAUUAGCUAAGCCCAGACAAGAUGAGGAAUUGAUGGAGGUGGUAGAAAAACCUGAAGAACUCUCAAACCAGAUUCUGCCCGUUCUGUCUCCAAAACUUAAAGAAGUGGCUAGAAGGAACUUUGAAUCAUCUCCUGAGGUAGAAGAAAGGCCUGCUUUGUCUGUACCUCUUGAUCAAAGCCAGUCACAGGCUUCUUUGGAAGCAGUAGAAGUUCCUAUGGUGGUCUCAGCUUGGAGCGGGCCACAGUUUUCUCCAGAACGGAAAGAACUGUCUAACUCUCCUCCCAGGGAGAACAGCUUUGGGUCACCUUUAGAAUUUGGAAACCCAGGCCCUGUUGUUACAGAAAUGAAUACUGGAUUGUCUUUUGAGGUUAAAGAAGAUUUGAAUGAGCCUUUCCUUAAUCAACUGGAGACGGAUCCAUCUCUAGAUGUGAGAGAGCAAUCCACAAGAUCCUCUAGACGUAGCAGUACUGAGCUCUCACCAGAUGCAGUAGAAAAAGCAGGAAUGCCUUUGAAUCAGAGCAUCUCUUCGUUAGUGCUUGAUGCUACACCAGGAACACCCUCAAGGGAAAGAAGUAGCUCUGCAUCUUCUCCGGAACUGAAAGAUGGUUUACCCAGAACCCCAUCACGGAGAAGCGGGUCCGGGUCUUCUGGUCUUAGAGAUGGGUCUGGGACACCCUCGAGGCAUAGCCUAUCUGGGUCCUCUCCUGGAACGAAAGAUGUACCUAGAACGCCAUCGAGGGGCAGAAGUGAGUGUGAUUCUUCUCCAGAACCAAAGGCUUUGCCUCAGACUCCCAGACCAAGGAGCCGUUCUCCAUCAUCCCCAGAGCUCAACAACAAGUGUCUUACCCCCCAGAGGGAAAGAAGUGGAUCAGAAUCGUCAGUUGAACAGAAGACCUUGGCUAGGACUCCCCUUGGACAGAGAAGUCGGUCAGGAUCUUCUCAAGAACUUGAUGGGAAACCCAGUGCAUCCCCUCAGGAACAAAGUGAUUCAGAUUCUUCUCCAGAUUCUAAAGCUAAGAUCCGAACUCCGCUUAGGCAGAGGGGACGCUCUGGAUCAUCUCCUGAGGUUGAGGGCACAUCCCAACCUUCUUCUCGGCACAGCAGGUCUGGCUCAUCCCCUGAAGUUAAAGAUAAGCCAGGAGCGGCAUCCGGGGUGCGGAGUGGUUCUGAUUCCUCUCCUGAACCCCAAGCUCCGGCUCCUAGGGCUCUUCUUCCCAGACGAAGCAGAUCAGGUUCAUCAAGUAAAGGUAGAGGCCCUUCCCCUGAAGGAAGCAGCAGUUCGGAGUCAUCUGCAGAGCAUCCCCCCAAAUCCAGAGCUGCUCGAAGAAGCUCUAGGCCCUCUCCAGAGCCCAAGACCAAGUCUCGCACGCCACCUCGUCGUCGCAGCUCCCGGUCGUCCCCAGAGCUGACUAGGAAGGCCAGACUCUCCCGAAGGAGCUGCUCUGCUUCAUCCUCACCUGAGACCCGCUCUAGAACUCCCCCGAGGCGCCGAAGAAGUCCUUCGGUGUCCUCCCCGGAGCCAGCUGAGAAGUCGAGGUCCUCACGCCGGCGGCGCUCUGCUUCAUCUCCACGUACAAAGACAACUUCCAGGAGAGGCCGAUCUCCUUCACCAAAGCCUCGUGGACGCCAGCGGUCCCGUUCCCGCUCACGGAGGGAGAAAACCCGGACAGCCCGACGUCACGAUAGAUCUGGGUCUUCUCAGUCCACCUCGCGGAGGAGACAGCGGAGUCGAUCAAGGUCUCGGGUUACUAGGCGACGGAGGGGUGGCUCUGGCUACCACUCCAGGUCACCUGCCCGGCAGGAGAGUUCCCGAACCUCCUCCCGACGCCGGAGAGGCCGCUCGCGAACACCCCCAACCAGUCGGAAGCGCUCCCGCUCUCGCACAUCACCAGCACUGUGGAAACGCUCCAGGUCUCCAGCCACUCACCGGCGAUCCAGGUCCAGAACACCCCUGGUCAGCCGACGUCGGUCCCGAUCUCGCACCUCACCAGUCAGUCGGAGACGGUCAAGGUCCAGGACAUCAGUGACUCGACGGAGAUCUCGGUCUAGGGCGUCCCCAGUGAGUCGCAGACGAUCGAGGUCCAGGACACCGCUGGUGACCCGCCGGCGGUCUAGGUCUAGGUCACCAGUGACACGCCGGCGCUCCCGUUCCAGAACUCCACCGGUGACUCGCAGAAGGUCCAGGUCUCGGACUCCACCAGUGACCAGGAGGCGAUCUCGAAGCAGAACCUCGCCUAUCACACGCAGGAGAUCAAGAUCCAGAACAUCCCCAGUUACCAGGAGGCGAUCUCGGUCCCGUACGUCUCCAGUAACUCGAAGGCGGUCCCGCUCUCGAACCUCGCCAGUGACACGCCGCCGCUCUAGGUCCCGCACGCCUCCAGCUAUUCGCCGUCGGUCUAGGUCUCGAACGCCACUGCUGCCACGCAAACGUUCCCGCAGUCGUUCGCCGCUUGUUAUCCGCCGUCGCUCCAGGUCCCGUACUCCACGAACAACUCGGGGCAAACGGUCCUUGACAAGGUCACCUCCAGCCAUCCGUAGGCGUUCUGUGUCUGGAAGCAGCUCUGAUGGCUCAAGGUCUGCUACUUCAGUAGGAAGAAAUCACUCUGGAUCACAGACGCCUCCAAUGGCGCUCGGUAGCUCUAGAAUGAGCUGCUUUAGUCGUCCUAGCAUGUCGCCGACUCCUCUUGACCGCUGUAGGUCACCUGGAAUGCUCGAGCCCCUGGGCAGCUCUAGAGCACCAGUAUCUGCUCUGCAGCAAGUGGGUGGCUCCCUGAUGGAUGGUCCAGGUCCACGAAUUCCUGACCACCCGAGAACGUCAUCCGUGCCAGAAAACCAUGCUCAAUCCAGAAUUGCGCUUGCCCUGACAGCCAUCAGUCUCGGCACUGCUCGGCCUCCUCCGUCCAUGUCUGCUGCAGGCCUAGCUGCCAGGAUGUCCCAGGUGCCUGCUCCGGUGCCUCUCAUGAGUCUCAGAACAGCCCCAGCUGCCAGCCUUGCCAGCAGGAUCCCUGCAGCCUCAGCAGCAGCCAUGAACCUGGCUAGCGCCAGAACACCCACCAUCCCAACAGCUGUGAACCUGGCAGACUCACGCACACCAGCCACAGCCGCAGCCAUGAGUCUGGCCAGCCCCAGAACGGCAGGGGCCCCUUCAGCCGUGAGCCUCACUGAUCCUCGUGCCCCUGCAGCCUCAGCGGUGAACUUAGCAGGAGGCAGAACUCCAGCUGCUCUGGCAGCCUUGAGCCUCACAGGCUCUGGCACGCCCCCAGCGGCUGCAAGCUACCCCUCCAGUUCCAGAACACCCCAGGCUCCAGCACCUGCAAACCUGGUGGGCCCCAGGUCUGCUCAUGCCAUAGCACCAGGGACUGUUGGCAGCUCGAGAACCCCUGCAGCUAUGGCCCCUGCAAGCCUCACCAGUGCUAGGAUGGCUCCAGCCCUAUCGGGGGCCAACCUCACCAGCCCCAGGGUGCCUCUCUCUGCCUAUGAGCGCGUCAGCAGCAGAGCCUCACCCCCGCUUCUCGACCGAGCUAGGUCUCGAACACCACCUGGAGGCUCCAGAACCCCACCAUCCCGGAUGGCCUGUGAGCGGGCUCCUUCUCCUGCCUUGAGAAUGGGCCAGCUUUCCUCACAGGCUGCUCUCCAGCCAGCACAGGAGCGGCCCAGAUCCCCUGGCCCACCUGCUUCUUCAGACCAGUCGUCCCGUUCUUUGCCUGCCCAGAGCACCCCUGUAGCAGGGUCUCAGGCUUUCUCCUCUGGGACCGUGGCAAAGACCGCGUCCUCCGUUGGUGACCACAACAGCAUGCUCUCAGGCCCUGCCCCUGGGGUAUUCCACUCUGAGGGUGGGGAGCCUCCUGCCUCAGCUGGGGCCCAGCAGGCCCUGGCACUGGCCACCCUGCAGCCUGCAAAGGAGCGGCGGAGCUCGUCAUCGUCUUCGUCGUCCUCUAGCUCAUCUUCGUCCUCAUCCUCCUCCUCCUCAUCCUCCUCUUCCUCUGGCUCCAGUUCUAGUGACUCGGAGGGCUCUAGCCUUCCCCCGCAGCCUGAGGUGGCCCUGAAGAGGGUCCCCAGCCCUGCCCUAGCCCCAAAGGAAGCUGUUCGAGAGGGACGUCCCCAAGAGUUGACCCCAGCCAAAAGGAAGAGGCGCUCUAGCAGCUCCAGUUCCAGCUCUUCCUCUUCCUCUUCUUCCUCUUCUUCCUCUUCUUCAUCCUCUUCCUCUUCCUCCUCGUCGUCGUCUUCCUCUUCCUCCUCCUCCUCCUCCUCCUCCUCCUCCCCUGCUAAGCCUGGCCCUCAGGCCUUGCCCAAACCUGCAAGCCCCAAGAAGGCACCCCCUGGCGAGAGGAGGUCCCGCAGUCCCCGGAAGCCAAUAGACUCGCUCCGGGACUCGCGGUCCCUCAGCUACUCGCCUGCAGAGCGUCACCGUCCCUCACCGCAGCCUUCACCCCGGGACCAGCAGAGCAGCAGCAGUGAACGGGGUUCCCGGAGAGGCCAGCGUGGGGACAGCCACUCCCCAAGCCACAAGCACAGGAGGGAGACACCCAGCCCCCGCCUUGUGCGCCACCGCUCCUCCAGGUCUCCAUAAAUCUCUUUGGGGGAACUCAACACACCCCAUGGUCUGGAGCCAUGGGUGGGAUCCUAUCUGCCCCCACUUAAACCAUGGCAGCAUCUAACGGGGAGGGCUCCUUUUACCUCCCCCCCCCUUUUUUUCUUUGUUCCUGUGAAAUGUUAAUCUCUGUGAGUUUUUCUUGGUUCAUGUGUUUUGGGGGGUUUGGGGUGGGAGGGAUUAAGAAUUGGAGCUGGGGGAGGGGAGGGGAGGAUGGUUGGGCCCCCACUGCCUUGAUCAGAGGGGCUGGGAGGCUCUGCCUGCCCUUCACCCCUGAGUUGCUGGGGGCUAGGGACUUGGCCCUUUGGCAAGGAGUUCCUGGAGGGGCGGGGGGCAGGAGUUGAAAUCAGUUGGCAUCUACUGCCCUGGGUGGGGUCGUGGCCCCUUCCCCCAACUUUUCUUCAUGUUUCUUAAAGGCAUUUUGGUUUUUUAAAAUCUGUACAGCAAGAGCAACUUUUUCUGUCCAAUAAAAAUGAGAAAUGCAGGAA